CACUGCGACUGCGGAAGGUUGAGAGGAGUUGGUUUUCUGUCAUCUUGGACAGAUUUGUGCUGUUUUGAUGGCUUCUCGACGAAAGGCGUGACAUUUUUUUUUUAAUUUUUUAUUUUUUUGUCAAACAAAAACUUGAAAUUACGCAACGAAUAGAGAGACAAAAAAAAUGGCUGAGCUAACGGAUUUUGGUCCUCGAAAAACAAUGAUCGUCCUAGCCAUCGUCGCUGGAUGUUUUGCUAUUUUAUUUCCCAAGAUUUUUUAUCCUAUGCUUGCUGGAUCUGUCAAUUCGCAUUCUGCCCCCAAGAAUCUUGAUUCCGCAUGUUGCGACGUAAUUUUUGAAAGCGAUGUAAACACUGUGGAUAUAAUGCAAGAAAUGUGUCGGAAUAUUGUCAAUCAUCAUCAGGUUGAUCCUCGUGUACGUGAAAUUUUGACAGCUGGGAAAUUAACACAUCAAAGUGCAAAACUUUGUCAAGAACAAGUUUUAGCACGUUGUGGAAUUGAUUUAUCAGUUUUUUUAGCUGAAACAGAAAGACUGGGAAAAUCUAAUAAACAAAUUUUGGAGGAAAUUCGUACAUUCAACAGUUCUUUAUGUUUGAAAUUAAAUUUUGGAAUAUCAUUGUCACAAUUGGGAACACCACAUCUUAUACGUUAUCAUAUUUUAAUGCCUCACAGUACAAUAAGACAAGAGCGACGAACUCCUCCACAUGCUGGAGGUUUACAUCCGGCAAUGAUUGAAAAAGGAAGAGCCAUACCUGCUUCGCAUAUUAUGCCAAAAAUUCAAGGUCGACCUGAUCAUGUUGCAUCGACGAUAAAAAUGAGGCCAUCAAUGGGAGGCGCGGGACAUGUUGUUCCUGCACCAAAGGGAAAUUCAACAAUGGGAAUUAUUAUGCCACUCUACACUAUUGGCAUUGUUCUCUUUUUUCUCUACACUAUUUCAAAGGUAUUGAAAAAAAGUUCCGACAGUGAGAUAAUUUCGAAUCCCUAUCCAAAUGCAGAAGCUGAGAGAGAAUUUCAAAAGAUGGUUUUUAAUCCCGAUGUUUUUACUACGGCCAUGACUGGCGGUACAAUAAAUACGACGAAAGAAACUUCCAUGAAACCAGUGCCAACGAUAGAAGAAUUAUCUGAACAAGCAGCAGGAGAUAUAGAGAUAGAUCAACUAAGACGACGAUUGGUUGAGACAGAAGCAGCGAUGGAACGAAUUGUUGCUCGAAUGGGCAAUUUAUCACGUUCAGUUAUGCAUAUAUCAAGUCCACAGUCCGAAUGCAAGGACGAAGAAGACGAAGAACUGGAUGAUACUUCACAUGGAGAAGUUAAAGUUUUAAACGUUGAAAUGACUGCAUGUUGUGAAGGUGGACAAAAAUGUAGUCGACCAACAACUCCCACUUUUCCUGGACACAGCAGUCAUGUUGAACGGGAAAAAACGCCACCAGUGCCUAUUUAUUUGGAGGGUGCACUUCCAUCUCAAUGUGAACUUCUUGUGACGGAAUCAGAAACUCAAACAGUAAAAGAAGAGGAAAGCGCCGAGGCACCAGUUGUUCUCUCAGGCAAAAUGACCCUUUCCCUCAUCAGCCUCGACCAGAUUCCAGCUGAUGACGAGGAUAUUACGGAAAUGGAAGUCGAAACAAUUUUAAAUGAUGUUACGAACGUUAAUGAAAAUGGAAAUUUAAUAAGAAAAAAAGAAAAUACAAAUUCAAGUCGAAUUACGAAUGAAGAUACGAAUUUAAAUCGAAUAAUCGAUAUUAAAGAAAAAGAAUUUCAGGGUGAAAAAAUUGAGAAUCGAAGUGAAGUGAAACAACGUGGAGGUGAAAUUGGUAAAUUGAAUGAUUAUGAGAAACAGAAUAGAGUCGAUGAUGAUGAAGAAGAUGAAGAAGAAGAAUAUGAAGAGGAAGAAGAAGAAGAGGAGGAGGAAUAUGAAGAAGAAGAUGAUGAAGAGGAGGAAGAAAUAGAAGUUGACUUUAAAAACGAAAAGAAAAAUGAGAAAUUAGUAUUACAGAAUGUUGAAUAUAAAUCUGGCGUUUCCGUAGCGCAAAAUUAUAAUAAUAACGAUGAAGAGUAUGAUGAUGACGAAGAGGAGGAAGAAGAAGAAGAAGAAGAGGAGGAAGAGGAAGAGGAGGAAAAGAAAAAAAUACAUAAAGUAGCAGAAGUUGAAGAUACGGAGGAAGAAGUUGAAUAUGAGGAGGAAGAAGAAGAAGAAGAGGAGGAGGAGGAAGAAGAAGUACAUAAUUUAGCAGAAGUUGAAGAUACAGAAGAAGAAGUAGAAUACGAAGAGGAAGAAGAAGAAGAUGAAGAAGAAGACGACGACGAAAAAGUUUAAAACGUGUCAAAAAUAAAACUAAAAUUUAGGUAAGUUCGAAAUUUUAAAAAAUAUUUCCGUUUUGUAAAUUAUUGGACAAAAGGAAGUGAUAAUUUUUGUAUUUAUCAAUGAAUAAGGCGCAUAAAAAUCAAUUUCAUGCUUUUAAAUAUAAUUUUCUUAUUCUAAAUUCGAAAUUAAUUAUAUAAUUUAAUAAAACUGAAAUAAAAAUUAAAUUAAAUUUUUUUGCAAACAUUUUGACACAUUAUUUUUAAAUUCCACAUUAUUCAAAAAGGAACAAAAUUUAGAAAAGCAAUUACGACUUAACGAUAGUAAAACAAUUUGAACAGAAAAAAAAAACUAAAAGUCAAAUACUGCAAUAUAGUUUUAAAAAAAAAAAUUGUGGAUAGUGAUUUUUCAUUUACUUUUUACCAUCAUCAUCAUCAUCAACAUCAUUAUCAUUAUCAUUUAAUAUGUAAAUUUAUUGUUUUAUUUCCUUCUCAUAUACGUAAUAUACGAAUUUAAAGAAUAAUUGUAGAUUUUGUAAACUAGAGUGUAGACAUUUCGGUCUAAUUGGAGAAAUCGCUUAUUGGCGAAAUUAGUUUUUAUUUGCCAACUUUUACUUCCAUCAAGCAAUAAACAUAAUCGAUAUCCAAUAUUGUGUUCAAUAUUCGUUACAUAUAUAAAUAUUUACCUAAUAAUAGAGAAAUGUGUUUAGGGAACGAAAUAAAAUAAUAAACAAAAAAUAAUAGAAACAUGUAAAACAGUUUUAGCAAAAAAAAAAAAAUUAUUUAUUAUGCAUUUUUGUAGAUAAAUUAUUUAUUCUUCGGAUAAAAAAAUUGCUUCCGAAAAGAAGCUUCUAUGUAAAUCGUUAAGUUAUUAUUAUUAUUAUUGAUAAAUUAAAAUUUAUAUAAUUAUCUAUUAGAGCAGCUGUGUUUUGCGAUUUCAACAAUGAGAUUAUAAAAUUAGAUUUCAUUACUUAACUGUAAAAAAAAAAUAAACAUUAAAACUGUUGAAAUAGUUAA